AUGGAGGAGGAGGGCACCGGUCGCCCCGUCGGCCGCGCCGCCGACGACGCCCUGGCCUCGCUCGGCUACAAGUCGGAGCUGCCGCGCAACCUGAGCAUGAUGAGCAUCCUCGGCCUCUCCUUCGCCAUCAUGGCCGUCCCCUUUGGCAUCUCGACGACGCUCUACAUCACCCUGACCAACGGCCAGUCCGUCGCCGUCCUCUACGGCUGGGUCCUCGUCUCCGUCAUCUCCGUCUGCAUCGCCGCCUCCCUCGCCGAGAUCUGCGCCGUCUACCCGACCGCCGGCGGCGUCUACUACUGGUCCGCCAUGCUCAGCACCCGCCGCUGGGCCCCGCUCGUGAGCUUCGUCGACGGCUGGCUCACCCUCGUCGGCAACUGGACCGUCACCCUGUCCAUCAACUUCUCGGGCGCCCAGCUCAUCCUCAGCGCCAUCACCAUCUUCGACGAGGGCUACGUCGCCAACCAGUGGCAGACGGUCCUGUGCUUCUGGGCCGUCAUGGUCGUCUGCGCCCUCGUCAACGCCUUCGGCUCGCGCCACCUCGAUCUCAUCAACAAGGUCUGCAUCUACUGGACCGCCGCCGCCGUCGUCGUCAUCCUCGUCACCCUCCUCGCCAUGUCCGACGACCGCCGCGACGCCGCCUUUGUCUUUGCCCACUACGACGCCGACGCCAGCGGCUGGCCCUCGGCCUGGUCCUUUUUCGUCGGCCUGCUGCAGCCGGCCUACACCCUCACCGGUUACGGCAUGGUCGCCUCCAUGUGCGAGGAGGUCCAGAACCCCGAGCGUGAGGUGCCGAGGGCCAUCGUCCUCUCCGUCGUCGCCGCCGGCAUCACCGGCAUCAUCUACAUCAUCCCGCUGCUCUUCGUCCUCCCCGACGUCAAGAUGCUGCUCAGCGUCGCCAACUCGCAGCCCAUCGGCCUGCUCUUCAAGACCGUCACGGGCUCCGCCGCCGCCGGCUUCGUCCUGCUCUUCCUCAUCCUCGGCAUCCUCAUGUUUGCCGGCAUCGGCGCCCUGACGGCCGCCUCCCGCUGCACCUACGCCUUCGCCCGCGACGGCGCCAUCCCCGGCCACACCCUCUGGCGCCGCGUCGACUCGAGGCUCGACGUGCCGCUCUGGGCCCUGGCCCUGUCCACCGUCAUCAACUGCCUGCUCGGCUGCGUCUACUUUGGCUCCUCGGCCGCCUUCAACUCCUUCACCGGCGUCGCCACCAUCUGCCUCUCGACCUCGUACGCCGUCCCCGUCCUCGUGAGCCUCGUCCGCCGCCGCGAGGCCGUCAAGAACUCGGCCUUUCCCCUGGGGAAGCUGGGCCCCCUCGUCAACGUCGUCUGCAUCGUCUGGAUCGUCUUCGCCAUCGUCAUCUUCUGCAUGCCCGUCUCUCUCCCCGUCGACGCCAACACCAUGAACUACGCCGCCGCCGUCUUCGCCGGCUUCGCCGCCAUCGCCUUCAUCUGGUACUUUGCCUACGCCCGCGCGAACUUCAAGGGUCCGCCCAUCCUCAGGGACGACGAGACGGAUCCGGAAUUCAUCGCCGAGACGCCCGUCGGCCGGUCGACGGGCCACACCCUCGACGAUUCGGACCUUGACGUGAAGAAUGGCGCGCUUUCGGAAAUGCAAGACAAGUAA